AUGUCUCAGUUUGACACAUUGGCGAUAGGCAAGAAAGAGGUCACUAUGUGCCUGAAACAAACUGAGACUGCAAAAGAAAAGGUGGACAAGGUGGUGGCACAGCUGCAGAGUCAGCAGAGGGAGGCUGAACAGGACAUAGAGACCCUGAAGAUGCAGCAAAACCAGCAGAGGAGGGAGCUUCAGGACCAGAUCAAUGAAUUGAAGUCACACAUCACGAUGAAGGCUUCAAAGAUUGAGGCACACAAGCAGCAGUUGAUGUCUGACAUGGAGUCUCUGGUGCAGCAGCAUCAAGCUACUAUUAACAGCCUGAAAGAGAAACAUGAAGCUGCCACCAACAGCAUGAAGGAGAAACAUGAAGCUGACUUCAACAGCCUGAAGAAAGAAGCAGAAGCUGAGAGGGAAAUUUUUAUGGAUGAGGCUCUGAGAAACGCGGAGAACUGCCUUGAGGAAAAGACUUCAGAAUCUCUUAAGGACGAGAGGGCUCAGCACAGCAAGACGAUGGAGCAGCGGGAGCUCUUGCUGAAGGAGAACACGGCCCUGUGGAGGGAGAAGUAUGACCUGCAGGACCUUUGCUGCGACACAAAGACAGAAAUCAAAAAGGUUACAAAGCAGAGCCUCUUCAAUGAGAAGGACGCAGGGCAGCUGAGGUCAAAAAACAAAAAGCUGAGGGCCAAGCUAAAGGACUACAUCAGUACCCAGGAGGUACAAGAGCAGACCCUGACAGAGAAAGAGGCUGACAUGGCAAAGGAGAGACAGCACCUGACCAAGCUCUGCUGUCAAAAAAUUGACCAGGUGGAGCAGCUUGGGGUGGAGCUUCACAAGGAGAGGAACAGGGCUCGGGAGCUGGAGAUCAUCAUAUGGAAAGCAGUUGUUAUUCACAGGCACAUCAUGACGUGUGAGAAGACUCCCAAGACUGAGGUGAUGAUGCAGAGGAUGCUGGAGGUCUUGGAAAGCUGCGACCUCCAAGUAACAGAUUCUGCUCUCAAUGACGCCAUUGAGAAGACCGCUGCAGGAAAAGGACCGUGGACCGGCCGCCGACCAACGAGAGAAAAGGCCCGCAGGAUUUUAACAGAUCCCCUGUUCCUGUUGGCCAAAUUCAGGCCAGGGGACCUUGGCUUCAUACCACGGCCCAGGUGGAAACACCAUCCAGCUGCCUCCGGGCCAGCAGCUGCUCAGUCCAGCAACAACUUGUCAACAGGUAUGAUAUGA